AUGGCGGACCAGGCUAACCAACCCACUGUCCUUCAUAAGCUCGGUGGCCAGUUCCACCUGAGCUCCAGCUUCUCUGAAGGUGUACGGGCCCGUAACAUCUGCCCUUCUGUCUCAUCUUAUGAAAGGAGAUUUACCACGAGAAACUACAUGACCCAGAGCCUUUUUAGCCCUUCAAUGUCUGUUAGCGGUGGCAUCAAUGUCCCAGUGAUGCAGAACCCGCUUUUUGCCAAUGCUCCAGCUGAGAAAGGAGGCAAAAACUUCAUGAUUGAUUUCAUGAUGGGUGGUGUUUCAGCUGCUGUUUCAAAGACUGCUGCUGCUCCCAUUGAGCGUGUGAAGCUGCUUAUUCAGAACCAGGAUGAGAUGAUUAAGUCUGGUAGGCUGUCAGAGCCAUACAAGGGUAUUGGUGACUGCUUCAAACGUACCAUUAAGGAUGAGGGUUUCUCUUCCUUGUGGAGGGGUAACACCGCUAAUGUUAUUCGUUACUUCCCUACUCAGGCUUUGAACUUUGCAUUCAAGGACUACUUCAAGAGGUUGUUCAACUUCAAGAAGGACAAGGACGGUUACUGGAAGUGGUUUGCUGGUAACCUCGCUUCUGGUGGUGCUGCUGGUGCUUCCUCUUUGUUUUUUGUGUACUCCCUGGACUACGCCAGGACAAGGUUGGCCAAUGAUGCCAAGGCUUCCAAGGGAGGAGGUGAAAGGCAAUUCAAUGGUCUUGUGGAUGUCUACCGCAAGACACUCAAAUCUGAUGGCAUUGCUGGGCUUUACCGUGGAUUUAACAUCUCUUGUGUUGGAAUUAUUGUUUACCGUGGUCUGUACUUCGGGCUCUACGAUUCUAUCAAGCCAGUUCUCCUCACCGGCAGCCUCCAGGACAAUUUCUUUGCCAGUUUCGCUCUGGGUUGGCUGAUCACCAACGGUGCUGGUCUUGCAUCUUACCCCAUUGACACCGUCCGCAGAAGGAUGAUGAUGACCUCUGGUGAGGCCGUCAAGUACAAGAGCUCCUUGGAUGCGUUCCAGCAGAUACUUAAGAAGGAAGGCCCCAAGUCCCUGUUCAAGGGUGCUGGUGCUAACAUUCUUCGUGCCAUUGCUGGUGCUGGUGUGCUUUCUGGUUACGACCAGCUCCAGAUCCUCUUCUUCGGGAAGAAGUACGGCUCUGGCGGUGCUUAA